AUGGGUAAUACCAGCGGUACAAGGGAUGCGCCUCUUGAAUAUGCUCAGCAAGGUGUCCACGAAAAGUUUGGCCGCUGCACUUAUGGUACAACGUUGAAUGAUGAUCGAACAACUGCCACCUUUUCUACGACAGGUGCAGAAGAACUACACGGCGACUGCCAAGUGCUCUCUGGACGACUUUCCUAUGCAAGCGGCUGUCAUCGUAUAAGAAUUAGAAUUGAACAACUUCGUCCGUUCAGCUACUUUUCGCAGCCUAAACUAUAUGUUGGAAUCAGCAAUGCUCGGGUAAAUUUAGGAGGGGAUAUUGGAGGUUACUGGCACAAUAUCGAAGACAAUGAUGUCUUUGAACUCAAUAUGAAUUGUGAUCAACGUUUGAUUCGGGUGGUGGGCAGUGAUGGAAGAGAACGACGUGCCAAUGUUGAUUUAAACGAGUAUCCGUUGCCAUGGCAGCUAAGAUUAGCUGUGAGGGGGAGCUCAGGCGUGGCUCGCCUGUUGCCUUAA